AUGGGGUCUCUGUCGUCCUGGAGCCAACCCAAUAUCUCCAGCCGACCCGUCACCGUGAUAGGCGGCGGCGUUCUUGGCCGCCGCCUAUGCAUGAUGUGGGCAGCCGCUGGCCACAACGUGAUACUGCACGAGAAGCAGCUGCACGUUGUUCAGGCUGCGAUGAGCUAUAUCGAAGAUGCAAUUACGUCUCAGAUAGGACGUCUUGGUCGCAAAGCGCGCGGAACAGUCACACCGAUUCAGGACUUCGGGAAUGCGGUGCAGGAUGCAUGGAUGGUCAUUGAAGCCAUUCCUGAGAUUCUCGAGCUCAAAAUCGAUCUCUUCGCCGAACUGGAUCGACUUACCCGCUCAGACUGCAUCCUCGCAACCAAUUCCUCUUCUUACCGUUCUCGUGAGAUCGCGGAACGUGUCGUCAAGAAAUACCGCGUGUGCAACACCCACUACUACAUGCCCCCGGAGAAGAAUUAUGUCGAGGUUAUGACUUGCGGCGAAACGGACCACACUUUAAUUGAAUUCCUAAAGGAACAAGCCACAAAAUCAGGGUUUGUUGCCAUCCACGCCAAGGUUGAAUCAACCGGUUUGAUCUUCAAUCGAGUGUGGGCGGCUAUCAAACGGGAAUGCCUGCAAGUCAUGGCUGAGGGCGUGGGGACACCGCAAGAUAUUGAUCUGAUGUUCAAGGGGUGGUUCCAUGCGGAGAUUGGACCUUCGGAGAUGAUGGACCAUGUUGGUCUGGACACAGUGUAUAACAUUGAGAAGCAUUAUAUAGAGGAGCGAGGACUUGACUCUCGACCGAAUGAGUGGCUGAAGGAACACUAUAUAGACCAAGGCAAUCUUGGGUACAAGUCCGGAAAGGGCUUGACUUUGACUUGA